AUUUAAUUCAAGGUUCUUUCUAGAAUCGCGUUCGCGUAUGACUUGUAAAAUUGAGAAUCUAAUCAAUGUAUUAUCUCUGGUAGGGAUAUCUAUAAAAAUCAUAGAGGAUUGGACAAAUAGAAUAGAAGAUCAUUUAAAUUAACGCAACAAAACAGAAGUUCCAAGUUUGCGCUGGCGCGGUUACGUUAGCCUUGUACAUAGGUGUGUUUGUGGCUACAUUAUUUAAUAAAUCGAGAAUAACGUGUCAGAACUUUGUUUUCUCUCACCAGGUGUUAGUGUAAAUUGACAAAAUGGCACCGAUAGAUCAAACUGCAGAAUAUGACCUCAUCGUUAUCGGAGGUGGUUCCGGUGGUUUGGCCGCCGCCAAGGAAGCCAGCAACUUAGGAGCUAAGGUAGCAGUACUCGAUUACGUCACUCCUAGUCCGAAGGGUACGAAAUGGGGUUUGGGGGGUACGUGCGUCAACGUAGGAUGCAUCCCCAAGAAGCUGAUGCACCAGGCCGCCUUAUUAGGAGAAGCUGUCCAUGAUGCCCAAACAUAUGGAUGGCAAUUACCUCAACCAGAAAACAUUUCGCACAAUUGGGAAGCACUCAAGGAUGCAGUACAGGGCCACAUCAAGUCAGUUAAUUGGGUAACCAGGGUAGAACUUAGGGAUAAAUCUGUUGAAUACAUCAACGGUCUAGGUACAUUCGUAGACCCACACACCAUCCACGCCCAAACGAAAAAGGGCGACAAGACACUCACAGGCAAGAACAUCAUCAUAGCGGUCGGCGGCAGACCCAGAUACCCAGACAUACCAGGUGCAGUAGAAUACGGAAUCAGCAGCGACGAUAUCUUCAGUUUAGAAAAACCUCCAGGAAAGACUCUAGUCGUAGGUGCCGGAUACAUCGGUUUGGAGUGCGCCGGGUUUUUGAACGGUCUAGGUUAUGACGCUACCAUCAUGGUGAGGUCGAUUAUCCUCAGAGGCUUCGACCAACAGAUGGCCAAUGUGAUACAAGCGGAGAUGAAAGAGAAAGGAGUCAAAUUCUUACCCAGAACCGUCCCCACUGAAAUAAAAAAAGGCGAUGACGGCAGAUUACACGUUGCGUAUAAGAACGAUAAAGGAGAAACCGCCUCAGACAUUUUCGACACGGUUCUUUUUGCCAUCGGCAGAAGGGCUCUGACGAAAGAGCUACAUUUAGAAAACGCCGGCGUCAAAGUUGCUGGAGAUGGAGAAAAGAUUGAUGUGGUCAACGAACAGACCAACGUACCCAAUAUUUAUGCCGUAGGAGAUGUUUUAUAUAAAAAGCCAGAACUUACCCCGGUGGCCAUCCUCGCCGGACGUUUCUUAGCUCGCCGUCUUUUCGGUGGCGCCAGUCAAGUUAUGGAUUACGAAAACGUGGCCACUACAGUAUUCAGCCCCCUAGAGUAUGGUUGUGUCGGCUUGAGCGAAGAAACAGCCAUUGAACGAUUCGGUGAAGACAACAUCGAAGUCUACCACGGAUAUUACAAGCCCACUGAGUUCUUUAUUCCACAGAAAAGUAUUGCCAAUUGUUACUUAAAGGUAGUCGCCCAUAGAGAGGGUAAUCAAAAAGUUGUAGGAUUGCACUUCAUUGGACCAAACGCUGGGGAGAUUAUUCAAGGAUUUGCCACAGCAAUCAAAUUAAAUUUAACAGUAAAGGAUUUAAUGGAAACUGUAGGCAUUCAUCCAACCAUAGCAGAAGAAUUCACGAGAAUCAAUGUCACAAAACGAUCAGGCAAAGACCCCAACCCUGCGUCAUGCUGCAGUUAAAGAAAAAAAAUACUCAUUUCCAAAUAUUUUUAUUUUUGUAUAUGUACAGCCUAGUUAAGGUCAUCCAUCACUUUUGUAUUAGUAAAAUAAACACCUUGUCGCACCCCAGAAACUGUUGAAAUUAGAUUUUUGAUUUAAAAUCCUAUAAACUCUGUUAAAACGAUAUUGUAUCGUUGAUCGUGAAUGAAAAUAAAUAAUUCUUAUUAUUUU